UUAUACAAAAGGAGAGAGCAAUCAGGUUGUCAUCAGUUCACUCACUGUGCAAAGCAAUGUUCGUUACCUAUGGUCCAUUUGGUACCGAAGAGGGGGACCACUUUUCAUUCCCGGAAAAUGGUGGCAGGAAAGUAGGAUUCCAUGGAAGGGCUAGCAACCAUCUCAAGUCGAUUGGAGCAUAUUUUGAACCAUCAUCGAUGCCAUCUGCUGCGUGUAUGAUGGCAAUGGAGACUACAUACGAGGAACAAGCGACAGUGGAACUGGCGGAACUACAUGUGAGAGUAACAGAAGGAUGUAUGGACCCUUUGGAACUGAGGAAGGGAUGUCCUCAAACUUGGGAUGACGGAAGGUUCAGUCACGUAAGCCAAAUUGAUGUGGUAGUUGAAUCUACCAUUAGGUCCAUCAGGUUUGACUACGAGAAGAAGGAAAGUUUCAUAAGGUCUCAAUUUCAUGGUGCAACUGAUGCUUAUGGCAAAACAAAGACGAUAAAGUUUGAUUCUCCGGAGGAGUAUCUAAUUGCAAUCUCAGGCUACACUGGAGAUGAUUCUGGUUCCAACUGUAUCCAGUCCCUGAAGUAUCAGAUUGGAGCACAUUUUGAACCAGUUUCUCAUCUCUACCCAGUUCAGUCCAUCGGACCCUUCGAGGCGCAAGCGCAAGGCAGCAGUUCUUGGUCUGACGGAAUAUUCACUGGAGUUAGUAGAAUAAAAACAUUAUUCAAAAGAGGGAUAAUCCGCAUCCUUGUCGAGUACGAUUGGAAUGAUGAUUCAGUUUGGUCUUCCAUAUACGAUGAAAGCUACUGGGGAAGGACUGCGACGUUGCUCACGUUUCAGAGUAAUAAGGGAAGAUAUGGUCCUUACGGCAUGGAGAAAGGAAGCUAUUUCUUCUUCCCACCAACAAAUGGCAAAAUUGUCGGAUUUUUUGGAAGCUUCGGUAGCUGUCUUAAUUCGAUCGAAGUGUACACAUUACCUAUACCUCAUCAGUAUCCUUUCAAAUCCAUCGGACCAUACGGAGGACAGGGUGGGAGUCCUUGGGACGACGGAGUAUUCACUGACGUGAGGCUGAUCAACAUAUUGUGUGGUUUCAUAGUAGACACCGACCUGAGGCAGAUGAAGAUACUCUCUGGAUCUGUAAUCGUGUCCAUUGGCAUCGAAUAUGACAACAAUGGGUCUCCAGUUCCGGGCUCCCAGCAUGGUGUUGAUAGAGUUUACAUGGGAUUGAAUGCAGAGGAUAAGGAGAUCGAACCCCCGAGGGCCGCAAAAAGGGUCCUGGCGGAUGGUUUUGAACACGAUUCCAUGUUGGUAUAUCUUCUGCAGGUUAAACUAGACUAUCCCAAGGAAUAUUUAGUUUCGGUAUCAGGCUUCACCGGGAAGAAACUUUCUGAAGAGGCCGUCCAGUCGCUUACAAUAAAAACUAACAAGAAGACUUACGGGCCAUACGGCACCAGAGAAGGAUAUCAUUUCGAGCUCCCUCCGAGUGGUGGUAGGACAGUCGGAUUUUUUGGAAGGGCCGGCAGAUUUCUGAAUUCGAUUGGAGCGCGUCUCUAG